GCGCACUCGCGCUGAAGAGCUGUGGUGCACGCGCGCCUCUGCAGAACGCACAGCAGCCGCGCGCGAGUGAGGAGCGAAUGCGACGAGCUGAUGAUUGUAUCCUGGAGUAUUUUCACACUGCUCUCAGUAAGUUCGUGAUGCUCGAGCUCGUCUGAUCAUGUCUCACGCCGACGUCGAGUUCGCCGGACGCGGUUUUCCAGGUUUACCUGUUGAUUUAGAGGACGACUGUCUGUCCAGAGUGCCGAUGCUGCGGACUCACUCGCUGAGCGCUCGCAGGAACUCAUACGUGCUGCACAAACUCAGCGUGGACAUCGAGCCGCAAAUAUACAACCAGACGCUGUCCAAAGCGCUGUCCUGGUCCACUGAGAACAUCCUGCUGUCAGACAGAAGAGCUGCUGAAAACAAAACAGACCCUCCGUCUCCAAGUUCUCCCUCUCCGCUCUCCAGCCCGGAGUCCUCGACCCCCAGCGCCAGCUCGGCUCCUCCUGAGGACUGGACCGGCUCCGUCCAGACGCCUCUGUCCCCCGGAGCCCAGGACGCCAGCUCAGACUCGGACAAUGAGGGCUCCAAAGCGGAGAGCGUGGCCCCACGACGGGCGUUUGUGAGCAGACUGGAACAGGAUGAGAAAGAGGACAUCGAGACCAAAGCGGUGGCCACCUCACCGGACGGAAGAUAUCUGAAGUUCAACAUCGAAAUCGGAAGAGGCUCCUUCAAGACGGUCUACAAGGGUCUGGACACAGAGACCACGGUGGAGGUGGCCUGGUGUGAGCUACAGACUCGCAAACUGACCAAAGUGGAGCGGCAGCGCUUCAGCGAGGAGGUUGAGAUGCUCAAGGGUCUUCAGCAUCCGAACAUUGUGCGCUUUUAUGACUCGUGGAAGUCCACUGUGAAAGGACACAAGUGCAUCCUGCUGGUCACGGAGCUCAUGACCUCCGGCACCCUCAAAACUUAUCUAAAGCGUUUUAAAGAGAUGAAGCCGAAGCUGCUGCAGAGGUGGAGUCGUCAGAUCCUCAAAGGACUUCACUUCCUGCACACGCGCGCUCCUCCCAUCAUCCACAGGGACUUGAAGUGUGACAAUAUCUUCAUCACGGGCCCCACGGGGAGCGUGAAGAUCGGGGACCUUGGACUGGCCACGCUCAAGAGAGCGAGCUUCGCAAAGAGCGUAAUAGGGACGCCGGAGUUCAUGGCUCCAGAAAUGUACGAGGAGAAGUACGACGAGGCGGUGGACGUCUACGCGUUUGGCAUGUGUAUUCUGGAGAUGACCACGUCAGAAUACCCGUACUCAGAGUGCCAAAACGCAGCGCAGAUUUACCGCAAAGUUACCAGCGGUAUAAAGCCUGACAGUUUCUACAAAGUGAAAGUGCCCGAGUUGAAGGAAAUCAUUGAGGGCUGUAUCCGCAUGAACAAGGAUGAAAGAUACACCAUCCAGGACCUGCUGGAGCACACCUUCUUCCAGGAGCACAACGGCGUUUACGUGGAGCUGGCGGAGGAGGACGACAUGGUCAAAUCCAGCCUGAAGCUCUGGCUCCGCAUGGACGGCACCAAGAAGCUCCACGGGAAGUACAAGGACAACAACGCCAUCGAGUUCCUGUUCGAGCUUUACAAAGACGUGCCGGAGGAGGUGGCGCAGGAGAUGGUGGUUCUGGGGUUUGUAUGCGAGGCCGACUACAAGCUGGUCGCCAAGGCCAUGCGGGACCGCGUGACGGCCAUCAAACGUCAGCGGGACAAACGUCGGCGUCUGGCGGAGGAGCGGCAGCAGAAGAAGAAGGAGGAAGUUAUUGAGGAAGAGCCUGAGCUGAUGUCGCCCAGAUCCAACGUUCAGAUACGUGAAAACUCCGCCCCUUCUCCCGUGCAGAUCCCGCCCACUCCCGUCAUCCCAGAGCCCAUGUACUCUCCCGUUACCGGCUCGUCGGAUUUUGGGAUCAACGGCAGCUUCCCACCAGAGCCGGAGGAACCGGAGGCCGACCAGCACUUCCACAUCCGCCAUACAAGCUGCUCCUCAGCGACCUCUGACUGUGAGACUGACGAGUAUCUCAGUCCCUCUGGAUUACAGGACGUUACUGAAGCUUCAAAUGGCGUGGUGAGCUGCUCUCCACUCCUCCUCCCCCAACAGACCACGCCCACUGAGGCCACGCCCAUCAUCGCUCCUCUAAUCCCGGCUCUGCGUUUCCCCUCUAGUAUUGCCGUGUCUACCAAAACCGAGAGAGGACCGCUCAGCCCUUUCUCCUCACCUGUGGACAGUUACGCUUCAGAUGUGACGUCAGGCUUGAGCGACGGCUACGAGGGCCUGUCAGACAGAGGCAGUAAGUUUGCCGGCAGACGCACAGCAGGGAAACUGUUUCGGAGGAGAACGCGAUCCCGUCUGCGCAUCACAGGGGUGUCUGAUAAAGUGGACCGGGUGGUGGAGUGUCAGCUACAGACCCAUAACGAUAAGAUGGUCACCUUCAAAUUUGACCUGGAUGGUGACAACCCUGAAGACAUCGCUGCUGUGAUGGUGCAUAAUGAGUUCAUCUUGCCCUCCGAGAAGGAAGGCUUCAUUCACCGCAUCGGUGACAUCAUCAAGCGAGCGGAGUCCAUGAUGAGGAAGGACUCGACGGGUCUCCACGAAAGCUACGGAGGCGCCCGUCCCGCGUAUAUAAAUGCCGUCAACUCGCUCUCUGCUUCUCAGCCAAACCUUCACAGUCUGGCACGAGCUCAUUCCUCGUCCUCACUACCAGCAGAGUUCGGUCUGGGCGGCGGAGCGAGAGCUUCUCCUCCGGGAGCCGCCGGAGACAUUACCUCAUCCGCACGUCCACUCUUACGCUCACAGUCUUUCCAUAAUGCCCCAGGUUCUCCUCAUCCCCAUCACGUCCCGUCAGCGUCCGUCUAUGCUCCUGAUCCCAGGAUGCCUCAUUCCAAACUACCUCACGUGCAGCACUUUGUACCAUCGUACAUGAACACGGGCACACACUUCCCCUUCCCGUACCCGCCUCACCCGGCCUCCCCCAAACCCGCCCACGCGCCCCUGUCCCGCAUACACAGCAACCCGACGUACUCCCACUCGUCCCCUUCGUCCGUCCCGGGGUCCCCGAGUCCCAUCGGCUCAGACGUGUCGAGUCCCGUUUCGGACGUGAACCUGCUGUCUCCUGCUCCGGCCAUGUGGCCUCCUCACACGCAGCCGCUGUUUUCUCUGGCUAAUGUGCUGUCUAUGGCCAUGAGCAUGGCUCAGUCCUUCAUGCCCGCGCCGACGCUGGUUCAGGCCAUGCCGGGGUACCAGACCGCUUAUCCCCCCAUGUACGCGCCUCAGUAUCCUGCGCCCGUCCCGCCGGAGGCGGCGUAUAACCCGGGGAUGGCCGAGUACUAUCAGACCGUGGAGUCCCAGUUUCGGGAGACGCUGAUGUCUCCUCCUUCCAGAGCGACUCCAACAUCUGCUUCGGCCGGCGGCGUCUCCUCGUCGGGCCCACAGAUAGCAUCUGCUGCUUCUCAAGAGGGAAUGCUGUUCGCAAAGGAAUCCUCCAAGGAAUAUCCUCACGGAUACAGAACGGCUUUCCCCAGACACUUACUAGAGCAGCGGAGCAGCCCGGGCUCUUCGUCGGGACGGUCGUCUUCCUCUCGAGCGAGUCCAGAUAUCAGAGUGUCGUCAUCCAGUCCUCGAUCAUCGUCCCCCCCGGCCGCGCUAGAGACUACCAGUGCGUCGCGGUGCCAAGAAAACUCAUCGCCAUCUGAGCCAAAGUCUACAGUAACUGUGGGCCGUUUUCAAGUUUCCCCCAGUAAAGAGAUUCCUGAAAACACACCCACUCAAACUCCACCCGUCGUCCCUCCGGAUAAUCACAUUCCGGCGGAAAACCAACAAAACCUCUCGGUUCUUCCUUCCUGUGAGUCUCCGCGAGAUUUGAGUCCUGCCGAUCAGCCCGAGACGCCGAAGCAUCAGAAGGAAGACAGAGAGGGACCGAUCGAUGAGCAGGACGUUGAUGAUGAUGAUGAAGAAGAGACACCCGUGGAUAAGAAGUACAGGAGGAAGAAGGGACGCAGAUUGGAUUGCGGGCCGACUCUCAUGGGGACGUCGGUGGACAGCGGUUUUUCUGUGGACGUGGAGGGAAGGAUGUGGGACGGAAACACGGGCAGUCCUCCGUACGCCACUCCACUGCACAACCUCUGGAUGAGCUACACGUGCAGCUCCUCCUACCUGAGCAGCGACGAAUCAGAGAGCGAGGACGACGAGAUGUGGGGGGAGCUACAGGAGCUCAGGGAGAAGCAUCUGUGUGAGGUUCAGUCUCUGCAGGCGCUGCAGAAGCAGGAGAUCGAGGAGCUGUACGCCAGAAUGGGGAAGGUUCCUCCUCCCUGUAUCGUGUCUCCGGCCGCCAUGCUCUCUAGUCGCCAGCGCCGGCUGUCUAAAGGAGGAAACUUCCCGUCGUCUCGCAGAAACAGCCUGCAGAGAGUCGACAUCCUGCCCUUAACAGGGAUCAUGAGGAAAAACUCCCUGAGCGGCGACAGUAGCAGCAGUUCGCAGGACGGUUCGCGGCCGUCUAAAGGAGUGACUUUCGCUGCUGAUUUCACUAGAAUGUAAGAAUCCAGAGGCUGGUUGACUGUGUUCAUCAGACUACCUCAUCUGUUCAUGACUGCGCUGACCAAACCAAACCCUCCACAACACAGACGCACCGACGGCCUGAGCUUUGUAAUAUAAUGUAGAGCCUCCUAUCGAUGCGGUGUGAUUCCAGCGUGUUUCUGGUGCAGACGCACCCAUUAAAUCUGCUUGAUUCUGUGAAGAGCCAGUGGUUGGGCGGGACUCUGCUGUUUGCUCGAUGAUGCUGUGACGUUCUCUCUGAGUCUCUUUGCACUUUCUGAAAAACCGCCUGGACCUGCUGAACAUCUGAAUCAACAGCCCACGACUGGACGUCAGAUGUCCUGCUGUUUCUGUUCUGCCGCCCCGUGUCUGCGCUGUACAAACUCCGGAUCGUCACACGAUCGUCCGCACGAAAUCCGCAGAUCCGAUCCAGAGACGUUUCUGCCGUGAUCUGAUCGAGUCUCUUUUGUAGUCUAAAUGUGAAUAAAAACAAUUCUAAAUAAUUAAAAACUGAUUUUGGGUGGGUGGGAUAAAUAUAUAUUAUUUUUGCAUUGAUUAUGCAAGCUUUGAGAUUUUCAUCCUUGAAGUCUAUGUGUGUUUGUACAUUUACAUAUAUUUUAUUGUCUUUUAUCAGUCUGACUGUGACUGACUUCAUAUAGAAAUGUUAAAGGAAUAGUUCACCCAAAAAUGAAAAUUUGGCCAUCCAAGAUUAGGAUGAGUUUGUUUCUUCAUCAGAUUUGUAAAAAUGUGUCAUCCCAUCACUGUCUCACCAAUGGGUGCCGUCAGAAUGAAAGUCCAAACAGCUGAUAAAAACAUCACAAUAAUCCACAAGUAAUCAAGACGUUUGUAACUAAAAUACAAGUCCAUAACACAUAAUAACGCUUCCUUCGGAACAAUCUCGUGUCAUGUCGGGUUGAGUACGUUUUUGGCUGAACUAUUCCUUGAAUGUAAUAAUUGCACCAAAGAUCACAGCGAGUAUCAGCCAUAAAGUUCAAGACAGAUGUAAAUGCACACUGCACUUUGGCAUGAGGAUCAGCAUCCGUCUGGAAAAGUACAGUAGAGUCAUUAAUAAAUGAUUGCUGAUGUUUACAGAGGGCAGUCAAUAACAGUGCAUUCAUUAUCUCCGUUGCAAUAUUUACACAGAACGUUCUGACUUUUCACAAAGGUAAACGUGUGCUUUCUGUGUGGAAACAUUACGGACCACAUACGGUGAAAUCACUGUUUAGUUUCUAAUUAACUUAUGAGACACACCAACCUGCACGAUGUUAAAGAGACAUUCAGAACAUGAACGAGCAGAAAUAAUGUUAUUUACAGUAAAGCUGUAUUAAAAAAAUACUUUUUUCA